GUUUAUAUCACCCAAAAACGUGCAUUGAUGAUUUGAGUACUGGGAAUCAGCGGUUAUUUGUAAAUUCGAUUAAUAUACCCCUUCAUAACUAACCGGUCCAAGAGUUCUUGCAUGCACUUUUCAACUUCAAACUAAAGACUCCGGCGGUUCAGCCGGCCGGCGGGCAUCACCUGCAUGGCUUCUUCAGAUUCUUACGUAGAUGACUUCUACUUCUCCGCCCUUUACGACGCCGACGAAAUCUUUCCCGUUUCCGAUGAGAAGUACGCAGAAGAACUCCAACUGCAGGAAGCUCUAGUCUCCUCCUCCGCCGUCGUCAUCUCUCCGGUUGCCCCUUCCACAGCCUCGUCACUAGGGGAGUAUCUAUGUACAAGCUAUGCCUCGUAUAACCAAGAUUCCUGGAUCCGCCCCGGCUCGUCAGAUAAAAAUGCAAAAAAAAGUGGCGAGCAAUCAUCGGAAACCGGAGAAUCUUCAGAGCCGUUCUGCGGAAUCUGCAUGGACAAGAAACCCGGAGAGGAAAUGUUCCGGAGCAACUCGUGCAGGCACUCGUACUGCACGGAGUGCAUCGGCCGGCACGUCGCCGUCAAGAUUCAAGAAAACAUAAGCUCCGUCAAGUGCCCGGACGUCUCCUGCCGGAGACUCAUCGACCCGCACCUCUGCCGCUCCAUCGUCCCGAAGGAAGUGUUCGAGCGCUGGGACGACGCCAUCUGCGAGUCUCUGAUACUCGGUUCACAGAAAUUUUACUGUCCUUUUAGGGACUGUUCGGCCAUAAUGGUGGACGACGGGGAGGAGGAGGUGACGGUCUCCGAGUGCCCGGAGUGCCGGAGGUUGUUCUGUGCGCGGUGUCGGGUGGUGUGGCACGCCGGAAUAGAUUGUGAGGAGUAUCAGGCGCUGAAUGAGGAUGAGAAAGGGAAAGAUGAUGUGAUGAUGCUUGGUUUGGCUAAGGAAAAGCAAUGGAGGAGGUGCCCUUUUUGUAGGUUUUACGUUGAAAAGAAAGAUGGAUGUCUCCACAUUACUUGCAGGUGUGGACAACAUUUUUGUUACGGGUGUGGAGCAAAAUAUACCUCUAGUCAUUCCUGUCAACGUAUCUGAUAUCAUCAUUAUUUCGGAAAGUAGAACUAAAUUUCACUAGUUUCAAGUUUGUACCUUAACUUGUGCCCAUGCUUAAAAAAAACUUGUAAUAGCCCAUAUAUAGGGCGUGUGGUUUUGGCAAAUUUUGGGGAUUGGGGAACCCAGUACCAUACAUACCCUUGGACUUCAAU